UCCAAAAUAUUCUAGACCCAUUAGGAAUAUCAUAAAUUCCUGCUUGAAAAAAAUACAUAUAAAUACAGGUAUUGUUAUGCGAAAGGUAUUGUAAAAAUGUACGUUUUGGUGAUCAGUAUUCUAUUACUUCAAACUCUCCAUGGCCAUGCUUUGCCUAGAGAGAAACAAGGAAAAAAUUUUUCAGGAACAUCUUUUAAAGAAUAUGUUGAUAAAUUAAAUCCAUUCACCUGGGUUGAAACAAGAGCUGAUAGAUUGGACGCUAUUUUUGAAGUUUUAAAUUGCAUAGUUGAAAAAGAGGAUACAAGAAUAUGUAAAAUUAUAGUAAAAAAAUAUAGUCCACUGUUCCAGAUUGAAAAUCAAAAUAAAACUGAAAUUCCGGUAACAACAGCUAAAGCUGUCACCGAUUCUGACACAAGCACCACUACUGUUUCCGGCAGUACAACAACAGAAAUUGCUGCAUAGAAGCUGGCUCAUUCUGAAACUUAUAAUAAUAAUAAAAAUUGUUUACUAUAAUAAAAUGUUAUAACUCAGA